AGUAACAAGCAAGAAAAAUGGAUAAAAGAUGGAGUCUACAAGGAAUGACUGCUCUUGUAACCGGUGCAGCCAGCGGUAUCGGUUAUGCCAUAGUAGAGGAGUUAGCUGGUUUUGGAGCUAGAAUCCAUGUAUGCGACAUAUCCGAAACUCUGCUUAAUCAAAGCUUAAGAGAAUGGGAAAAGAAAGGGUUUCAAGUGAGUGGUUCAGUCUGUGAUGUAACCUCUCGUCCCGAGAGAGAAAAACUGAUGCAAACCGUCUCUUCGCUUUUCGAUGGCAAACUAAACAUUCUUGUAAACAAUGUGGGCGUACUUCGCGCAAAGCCAACAACAGAAUAUGUGGCAGACGAUUUCACUUUUCAUAUCUCAACAAACUUGGAAGCUGCUUACCAUUUUUGCCAACUUUCACAUCCUCUCUUAAAGACUUCAGGCUAUGGAAGCAUCGUGUUCCUUUCCUCUGUUUCUGGGGUUGUGUCAAUAACUGACUGUGGAUCACUUUAUGGUCUAACAAAAGGAGCUCUAAAUCAGCUAGCUAGAAAUUUGGCAUGUGAAUGGGCAAAAGACGGCAUAAGAGCCAAUGCGGUUGCACCUAAUGUUGUCAAGACUGCUCAGUCUCAAUUCUUUCUUCAAGACGUCAGUAAAAAGGAGGGAUUGUUUAGUAGAACUCCACUUGGUCGGUCUGGAGAGCCGAAUGAAGUAGCAUCACUAGUGGUCUUCUUGUGUCUUCCUGCAGCUUCUUAUAUCACAGGUCAAACCAUUUGUAUUGAUGGAGGCCUCACGGUUUACGGUUUCUCCUCUCAACCACAGGCUUGAAAAUGGUCUUGUCGUUUCUUGUCUGUUUAAAUAUUCUCUCCCUAAUAAAAUCUCUCAUCACGCUAUGAGUUUAUGUCCCUUGUACAAAAACACACAAUGUCAAAUUGUUGCUCUUUAGUCUUGUAAGAGAAAUGAGGGACUUAUCUAUAUGAAGGAUCAAUUAAACUAGUACUAUUUUAUUUGUUUGGUUAAACUAUCCUUCUCUAAUUAUUGCAAC